CGAGUUGGGUCCGUUUUUUUUUCCUCCGGAUCCGUGAGAAAAGAAUAAUUUGUAAUAUUUUACUUUACCAGCUUGCAUUCGGGAGUGUGAAAUGUUGUUUCGACCGCGUCCAAUAAUUGCGCGACUCAAUUAGUGAAACAUUAGAUUAUAUAGUAGGUAAACUGUUCCGUUUGUUUAGCCCGCGUCGGUUUCUAACAGCAGGAGCUACUUCUGAAGAUCCAAAUGGUUUCCCAUCGCGUCGUCGUCGUCGUCGGAUUGUGAAAAUUGUUGCACUUUGCCGAAACAGUGAAGAAGCUCGGGGCCCAAGAUGAAAACUAGCCUGUGCUACACUUACUGCACUCUGCUGAUCGUUUCGCUGGUGUCCAGUGGUCUGCUGUUUAUUCUGGUGGCUUCGGAGGCAUCGAAACCGCUGAAUCACUUGCAGAGCAAUGAACAGCAACAGGAACGGCACCAGCAAGAAGAGCAUUCGCCACUUGUUCAUAACGAACGAGAUAAUCCGGUGGAAUUAGGAAGCGGGAAGCGUAAUGGGAUGGCGCCACCGGAAACGGUGCCGUCUCUUCCAGAAAAUAGUGGAAAAGCGCAAACGGGUUGGCAAAGUGAUAGUGAAGUUGUCGGUGGUGAGAUUGUGAAGAGUAGUGACUAUUCAAAGCCCAACAGUGGUGGUGCUGAAGUGCAGAAGAUUGCCACUCAGAAGAGGCAUGGGCUUAGGAAGGCAAGUGGUCGUAGGACUAGUACAUCCCGGAAGCAGGAUAUUUUAACGGAAAAGCCAGCAAAGCUAGAGGAACCGCCGGAUCUGAAGGAGGUUAUAUUUUUAGACGCACUUUCGAAAAAUUCCGGUGUCACAAACAGCGGAUUGCAGGACAUUCCAGGCACCCCAUCGGUGAUUACACUGGUGGAUCAUCAGUCCAGCGAGCUCAACAUUGAGUCCAAGCUGGAGGAAAACAUCGAAGCUACGCUGAAAAAUAUCAGCCACCAGCUCCAGGCCAGUCCCGUCGAUGAGCCUGAAGAGCAGCAGGCCACAAUCGACCAUCAGCUGCAACCACAGGAGGUACAUCUCUCACAGGAUGCUUCGCCACAGACCGUUCAGGAGCAAGCGGCUUCGUUGGAGGAAAAACUACAGGAUACCGGAGGAGGUGAGGUCCGGAAAGAAGAACAACCGGAAAUUGUUCAACAAGUCGUUCCAAAUGUAACAUUCGACACCCAGAAUGUGAAUCUUACGGAGGAAAAUCAAAUGCCCGUCUUUUCCGAGUGGGCCGAAAAACAGAUGGCCGAAGCGGAAAAGAAACAGGGUGAAAAUGUGAACGCUUCAGCGAUGAAACGGAACUCGAAGCCCCCAGGCAACAAGAUGCCACCGCUGAAGCUACGAGCGAAGAACUACGCUGCUCCGGAUUGCGGGGCAAAGAUAAUCGCUUCCAAUCCGGAAGCACAGAGCACCGGUUCGGUGCUGACGUCCCACAAGGACGAGUAUUUGCUGAACCCGUGCACCAGCAAGAUUUGGUUCGUAGUUGAACUCUGCGAACCCGUCCAAGCGGAACGGGUUGAACUGGCCAAUUUCGAGUUGUUUUCAUCCUCGCCAAAGGAGUUUUCAGUGUCGGUUAGUAAUCGAUUUCCGACUCGAGAUUGGUCGAAUGUUGGUCAAUACACGGCCAAAGAUGAACGCGACGUCCAGAGUUUCAAUCUGCAUCCGCACCUGUUUGGGAAGUUUGUCCGAGUGGAAAUCCAUUCGCACUACAAUUCGGAACACUAUUGUCCGGUUUCGUUGUUUCGAGUGUAUGGAACGUCAGAGUUUGAGGCAUUCGAAACCGACAACACGCCAUCGCUGGGAGAGGACGGAGAGGAUGACGAGGGCGAGUUGAUCGUGGAAGGUUUGGAUCUGGGCGAGGAGGAUCCGGGAAGUGAUGAACACUACGAUGAUGGUGGUGAUUCGAAGAAUAAGAAAGCCAAUAUCCUCAAGUCCGCUGGUGAAGCUGUGAUGAGCAUCGUUAAGAAGGCGGCCGAAGCGUUGGGAAAAACGCACGAAAAUGAUAGCAUGCGCAAUGAAACCAACGAUUCUGCGAUGAGCGGUGUAGAUCUAAGUGUUGGUAGUAAUCAAUUAGGUAGUAUCGUUGUUGUCCCGCCUCAGCGCCCUUUGUACUGCUUUUCGCUGGCCUUUCAGCCACUGUGUGUUAGUUGUCCACCGGAGCUCCGGAAUCGUCUGGAGCGGACACUGAAUUGCAAACACAAUCUAUUAACUAGUCUACUAAGUAUCAAACUAAUCAGUACGUCGUUUGACGAAUCUCAGCAUUUGCUAUGUGCCAAUUUCUUAGGGUUUAACCUGAUGCGUGAACAAGUGAGUGGGAGUUACAACUUGAACAGGAGUGUUCUGAACUGGUUCCCGGCGGAUAUUCUAGCAGGCUUAUGUAAUAUCCGAGCGUACGGAAAGGGGUUGAUUGCAACUCAAGUAAAACAUGAAGAAGUUCCUGUGGGAAAACCUGAGGGGCAAACGUCUACCGAACCUUCAGCAACAACUCAGUCGACAAAGGACGACUCACAGAAUGAGACGGACGAACAGCCUGUUCUGAACGUAAUUCCAUCUGUUACCGCACCGAUCAAAGAAGAUCCCCGACCACAGUCCUCGGGAGCGCAACAGGAAGAACAGAAACCAGUUCCUCCGUCGGACGACGUGAACAUGUACAAUGUUGCUGGUGGUCCUCAAGAUCCUGGCACCGUUGUUGAUAAGAAACCGGAAGAAUCUGCUGCAACUUCUUCUACGUCGUCGUCGUCGUCUACUACGACGACAUCAACCACGAUAGAACCGACUCCGGAAAAGGACGAUUCAAUUGGAGCACUGGAUCAGCCCAGCAGUAUGGAGGACAUUGAUAACUUGCUGCUGGAUCAGCACAUGGAUGGGGCAACAGCUGGAUCCGGUAGUAUUCCCACAAUCACGAGUACUACCACGACAACACCGACACCGGGAUCGCCGCAGAAGGGGCAACCAGAAAGCGUUUUUCUGCGACUGUCGAAUCGAAUUAAGGCCCUGGAGCGCAACAUGAGUCUAUCCGGCCAGUACCUGGAAGAGCUGAGCCGUCGCUACCGGAAGCAGGUCGAGGAGCUGCAGCAUUCCUAUGCGAAGACAUUGUUCGAAAUCGAAGAGCAGAACCGCCGGAUGCGUGAGAGCGAAGCGUUGCUCCGGGAUGAAAACGUCCGGAUUCGCGAGGAUUUCUUUGCGUUCCGUGAUAGUAUUCUGAGCUGGAAAAACAUCGCCAUCGGAUUGGGUGGAUUUUUUGCCGUGCAGGUGGUCAUUGUUUGUGCAUUGGUACGAAGCUGUAAGGGCGGUGGAGGUCAUCCGGAACAGGAAGUGGUGGCUAGCGAACUGGUACAGAUUGGAAGUGAAAAGCCACCGAUCAAGGGAAAGCUGCUCAGGAGGAGGUCGAUCGACGGUGUUAUUGGAGCUGGCGAGAAGUCAAGUGGAUCGCUGAAAAAGAAGCGCCCAAGCGAAGAAGCGCUGAACAUUAGUGGGACGUACGAAAAUCUGUUGAUCUCCGAAGAAGGUGGUGGGGACAAUGCCAAAGUGGAGCGCAAGAAGAAGAACAAACAGAGGAAGAUCUCUGCACCGGCUAUGAUCCAACAGGGCAAUGGGAAUGGAAAAGCGAAGAGAGCUUCUUCUGUUGAACCUCCUCCCGCUGGUAAUGUCGUAAAAGUAGAUCUGGUCAGGACUGAAUCAGCUCCGGAACCGAGAAGACAUUCGCCGGAGAAAGCUAUACCGGACGAAAACAACCGCAUAGAGGAACUUCCUCUGCUGGAAGAUAACGAUGAGUUCAUCAUCCCCACUGCGAUGGAUCUAUCCUACAACGAGUUCGUUCCGGACUCGACGUCCGAAACCGUUCAUCAAACGAAUGGGAUGGUCUCAUCAUCCUCUUCCAUCGAUUCAAAAUCAACGAACAAAUCCGGUGGCAAAGGGCGACGGCUAUCGUCGCCGGCAUUUUUCAAAUCGUCACUACUGCGGUCAAGCCGCAAAUCCUCCGGAAAGAAGUCCACACCCAGCCAAAAUGUAAGCAGUGCCAGCAGCAGCAACACCAGUAGCACCGGUAGUACCAAUGUUAGAAUCAACAUUAAUCUUAACAACGCGAGUCGAACGGAAGACGAGCUGUCUUCGCUUCCCGCUGAUGAUCAGCUCCUUACCACUUCAACGUCGGCUACCCCCGCCAACAACAACCAGCAUGCCUGGGAGUGGUACAAGCUCAAGAAGUCCUCUAGUCAAGACAAAUUUACCAAACGCAAAUCGAAGUCGGAAAGCCCGGAACCGGAAGCCGCUCACCAUAACGGGAUCGGAUCGGAAAGAAUACGGUCGUCGGUUUCCUUCAAUGGGAGCACGGGCUCGAGCGAGAAGAAAAUCGGCAAUGCCGGCGGGGGCGGCAGCUUUCGCCGGCUGUUCCGUAAGGUGUUCUAGUUUUGUCAGUGCACCGCCGGCGUGAUAGACGGCGGCGACCAAGCAAGCAAGAAGCAGGCGAGCAAGUGUUCAUGAGAAUUCAUCUCGGAUUGAUUGCCACAUAGCUGCUGACGAUGGGGGAAGGAGUUGUUCCUUAAAAUUCAAUAGACUGAUCGGACUAAGCGAGGGGGCGAAACACAUUAUUAAAUGGAAAGCUUUAAAAGCGCGUUUGACUGCGAUGGGAGAGGAUGGGAUGCCUGGGAUGCAUGCGCCCGAGACGGC